GGCUGGAGGCGCCUGGCCGACUGGGUGGGGACCACCAUGGGCAACGCGGCCGGCAGCGCGGAGCAGCCCGCGAGCCCCGCAGCGCUGUCCCCCAAGCAUCCCGCGGCGCCCAAGCAGCCGAUGCCCGCGGCCGGAGAGCUGGAGGAGAGGUUUAACCGGGUCCUGAACUGCAUGAACUUGCCCCCGGACAAGGUCCAGCUGCUGAGCCAGUAUGACAACGAGAAGAAGUGGGAGCUCAUCUGUGACCAGGAGCGGUUUCAGGUCAAGAACCCCCCUGAAGCCUAUAUCCAGAAGCUGAAGAGCUACCUGGAAAUCGGUGGGGUCAGCCGCAAGGUAGCAGCAGAUUGGAUGUCCAACUUAGGGUUUAAGAGGAGAGUCCAGGAGUCCACCCAGGUGCUACGGGAGUUGGAGACCUCCCUGAGGACCAACCACAUUGGGUGGGUGCAGGAGUUCCUCAACGAGGAGAACCGUGGCCUGGAUGUGCUGCUUGAGUACCUGGCCUUCGUGCAGUGCUCUGUCACGUACUACAUGGAGAGCACAGACAAUGGGGCCCCGGGCUCCGAGAAGAGCAAGCCGCUGGAGCAGUCGGUGGAAGAUCUCAGCAAGGGCCCGCCCUCAUCCUUGCUGCCACAGCCCAAGAGCCGCCACCUGACCAUCAAGCUGACCCCGGCCCAUAGCAGGAAGGCCCUGAGGAAUUCCCGCAUCAUCAGCCAGAAGGAUGACGUCCACAUCUGCAUCAUGUGUCUGCGUGCCAUCAUGAACUACCAGUCUGGCUUCAGCCUCGUCAUGAACCACCCAGCCUGUGUCAAUGAGAUUGCUCUGAGCCUCAACAACAAGAACCCUAGAACCAAGGCUCUGGUGCUGGAGCUGCUGGCGGCAGUGUGCCUGGUUCGGGGAGGACACGAUAUCAUCCUUUCCGCCUUUGACAACUUCAAGGAGGUAUGUGGGGAGCAGCACCGCUUUGAAAAGCUGAUGGAAUAUUUCCGGAACGAGGACAGCAACAUUGACUUCAUGGUGGCCUGCAUGCAAUUCAUCAACAUUGUGGUACAUUCGGUGGAGAACAUGAACUUCCGCGUCUUCCUGCAAUAUGAGUUCACCCACCUGGGCCUGGACCUGUACUUGGAGAGGCUUCGGCUCACGGAGAGUGACAAGCUGCAGGUGCAGAUUCAGGCCUACUUGGACAAUGUUUUUGAUGUGGGUGCGCUGCUGGAGGACACUGAGACCAAGAAUGCUGUGCUGGAGCACGUGGAGGAGCUGCAGGAGCAGGUGGCCCUGCUGACAGAGCGGCUUCGGGACGCGGAGAACGAAUCCAUGGCCAAGAUAGCAGAACUGGAAAAGCAGCUAAGCCAGACCCGAAAGGAGUUGGAGACCCUGCGGGAGCGCUUCAGCGAAUCGACCCCCAUGGGCACCUCCAGACGUCCCUCUGAGCCUGAGAAAGUGCCUGCCCCUGCCCCGGCGCGGCCCUCAGCGCUAGAGCUGAAGGUGGAGGAGCUGGAGGAAAAGGGGUUGAUCCGUAUCCUGAGGGGGCCCGGGGAUGCCGUCUCCAUCGAGAUCCUCCCGGUCGCUGUGGCAACUCCGAGCGGCAGCGAUGCCCCGACUCCGAGGGUGCCCAUCGGCUCCCCCAGCCCAGAACUCCCACCUGCAGCAGAGCCGGUUCCCGGAGCAGCAACCCCACCGCCGCCGCUGCCGCCCCCACUACCUGGUCUCCCCUCCCAGCAGGAUGCCACGCCCCUGGCGCCCCCACCGGCCCCGCCCCUCCCAGGCAGUCCGGAGCCCCCGCCCCCGCCGCCGCUGCCGGGAGACCAGCCGCCCCCACCCCCGCCGCCACCGCUGCCUCCGGGCGCUGACGGUUCGGUGCCUCCACCGCCCCCACCGCCUGCGGGAGGUCCCUCUGCUGCUCUUGGAGGGCCUGGCUCAGAGAUGGGCCCGGGAAUGAUGGCCAAGAAACCCAUCCAGACCAAGUUCAGAAUGCCCCUCUUAAACUGGGUGGCCCUGAAACCCAAUCAGAUCACAGGCACUGUCUUCACUGAGCUCAAUGACGAGAAGGUGCUGCAGGAGCUGGACAUGAGUGACUUUGAGCAGCAGUUCAAGACAAAGUCCCAAGGCCCCAAUGUAGACCUUAGCACCCUCAAGAGUAAGGCAUCCCAGAAGGCCCCCAGCAAAGCCACGCUCAUCGAGGCCAACCGGGCCAAGAACCUGGCCAUCACCCUGCGCAAGGGCAACCUGGGGGCGGACCGCAUCUGCCAGGCCAUCGAGACGUACGACCUACAGACCCUUGGCCUGGACUUCCUGGAGUUGCUGACCCGCUUCCUGCCCACAGAGUAUGAACAUAGCCUCAUCGCCCGUUUCGAGCGGGAGCAGCGACCCAUAGAGGAGCUGUCAGAGGAGGACCGUUUCAUGCUGCGCUUCAGCCGCAUCCCCCGCCUGCCCGAGCGCAUGAACACGCUCACCUUCCUGGGCAACUUCCCAGACACUGCCCAGCUGCUCAUGCCGCAACUGAAUGCCAUCAUUGCAGCCUCAAUGUCCAUCAAGUCCUCGGACAAACUCCGCCAGAUCCUGGAGAUCGUCCUGGCUUUCGGCAACUACAUGAACAGCAGCAGGCGUGGGGCAGCCUAUGGCUUCCGGCUCCAGAGUCUGGAUGUGCUGCUGGAGAUGAAGUCGACUGACCGCAAGCAGACGCUGCUGCACUACCUGGUGAAGGUCAUUGCUGAGAAGUACCCACAGCUCACAGGUUUCCACAGCGACCUGCACUUUCUGGACAAGGCAGGCUCAGUGUCCCUGGACAGCGUGCUGGCCGACGUGCGCUCCCUGCAGCGAGGCCUGGAGUUGACCCAGCGGGAGUUUGUGCGGCAGGAUGACUGCGCAGUGCUCAAGGAGUUCCUGAGGGCCAACUCGCCCAUCAUGGAUAAGCUGCUGGCAGACAGCAAGACGGCUCAGGAAGCCUACGAGUCUGUGGUGGAGUACUUCGGAGAGAACCCCAAGACCACGUCCCCCUCCACGUUCUUUUCCCUCUUCAGUCGCUUCAUCAAAGCCUAUAAGAGAGCCGAGCAGGAGGUGGAACAGUGGAAGAAAGCAGCAGCUACCCAGGAGGCGGGCAGCGACACCCCGGAAAAAGGGGAGCCCCCCGCACCCAAGUCCCCACCCAAGAUCCGGCGGCAACAGAUGGACCUCAUCUCUGAGCUGAAACGGAAGCAGCAGAAGGAGCCACUCAUCUACGAGAGUGACCGUGAUGGGGCCAUUGAAGAUAUCAUCACAGUGCUCAAGACGGUGCCCUUCACUGCUCGCACCGGCAAGAGGACGUCCAGGCUCCUCUGUGAGGCCAGCCUGGGAGAGGAGAUCCCCCUCUAGCCCCCAGAUCUGCGGAACCAGCCUUACAUCCGCACAGACACAGGCCGUCGCAGCGCUCGUCGGCGCCCCCCCGGACCCCCCAUUCAGGUCACCUCCGACCUCUCCCUGUAGCCACUAUUUCUGCAGAUGGACCGGGAGGCUGGGAGGGGGUGCAGGGAGGGUGGCAAGCCAGGACUCAAGGAAGGUGGUCCUCAGCUCUGCUGGGCGGGGCAGUCUCCUCCGCCGAGGUCCACACCAUGCGCCCACCUCAGAUAGGCGCGUGCACCCUCAUCUGGCCACUGGGGGCAGCAUCUCUGGCCCCUCCCCCCAAAUGCUGCUUGCAGCACCCCUUUUCCCCCAAUAGCCGUACUUAGCCUCAGCCGGAGCCUGGCCUGUAACUUAUUAAGUGCAACCUCGCUCCCCCUCCACCCCCCCCCCACCCCGCCCCAACUCCGGGGACUCC